AUGGCCAACGUCAGCAUCAAGCAGGAGUGCGUACAGACCAACGGGGCUCAGGCCAACGGCGCAGCGGGCGACGCCGUAGCGCAAGCGCUAUCAGCGGCGUACCAGGCGGCGGUGCCCGACGACGAGAAGGACCGCACCAACCUGCUGCUGACCCACGCGUGCAGCUGCGACGACGCGCAGUGCCGACACCCCGAGUUCCGUGCGCUUUGCUCGCACAUGAAGCGCUUCCUGCGCGCGGCCUGCUGGGCGUCUCACAGUGAACGCUGGCGGUCGUACCCCAUCGCCACGGCGGUCGUCGAGCUGUUCACGUACCACGCGCUGCACUGCCAGGCGCUGCAGUGCGAUGUACCCAUGUGUCGCCAGCUACGAGGCCAAGUGCUGCUUUAA